AUGGCUCUGUUUGAAUCCGCCAAUUGCGAUCGAAAUGCGACCGCUCCAACAGCCAGCGAUGCCGGCGUCGCAGGCGCUGGUAUCCUACUAUCGUUCAUGAUCACGGCGCUGCUCGCCAUCAUAUUAUCGAGUAGCGUCAUUUUUGCCGAAAUGCGAGGGAGAGACUCGGUCAUCCGGCGGAAGCUGCUCAACGGUUAUAGCGACUCUCAAAUUAUGCAGGGAAUUGGUAUCCAGAGUGUUGGACUGGCCAAGAUGAACAGUCUAGUGCCGUAUCACUUCUUCCUCAUAUGGAUGCUGUCACUCCUUUCUAUGGCGACCCAUAACACGACACUUUUGGCUCUUAAACAGGAUUACCGCCGCGAUUGGGUGAUUCGAUGGUUGCGACAGUUUCUUAUGUUCGUCAAUUUGGCGUUGUCGUGCGUUUCUGGCGUCUUUGUUCUCGAGGGUGUUUCAAAGGGUCUUGACGACAAAACUCUACCCAUAUCCUGCGUGUGGGAAGUUGAGGGCAAAGGCGCUGCCUCAAACGCUGGUCUUUCUUACGUCGGCACAAUCGUUGUUAUUGCUGGUAACUGCAUCAUCUUUGGCCUGGCGACCUGGUAUCUUCACAGCAGGCAGCAAAGAUUCUAUAAGAUCAUCCAGGUUGUCGGGUUGGUGUUGAUGACAGCUAUUGCAGUUGGGGCAGCGAUUCGGAUUAUCCUGCUUUCCCAAGCAUUUGGCCACCCGUCGAUCGAGCUCAAAGAUAAUGGCGAGACUGUAUGGAGCUUCGGUCAGCUUCUCUCCAUGCUGCUUCUUAUCCUUCCAUUGGUAAACGUCAUUGAGAUCUAUCGAGGAGAGAUCCAAGUCCCAGGCCCAAUUCGAGACGAGCGAGCCAAAGUAUAUGACGGCGAACUCCAGGAUAAUCCACAGGGGUCACGGACAAAUCUUUUCCAAAAGUAA